GUCACCGCCCACUAACAACUCAGCAUGGAGAGGGUACAGUUUGAGCAGGAGCAGAUGCUCUCUGAGCUCAAAGACCUCGUCGAAAAAAACAUCUUCACACAAGCAGAAGUAAAGCAGAUCCUCAAAAAGCGCACCCAUUUCGAGACUCUCCUGGUCAGGCGCAUCCCCCGCCGGUCCGACUUCCUUCGCUACGCCGCCUACGAAAUGAGCCUGGAACAAUUACGUCGGAAACGCGUCGAGCGUCUAAAAAUACCCAAAAGUCUCCAUUCGAUAUCCGACUAUGCCCUCGUUCGGAGACAGUUCCAAAUUUUUGAACGCGCCCUCAAGCGAUUCAAGGGAGACGUUGGCCUCUGGAUCCAAUACAUCGAAGUAGCAAAGCGCGAAGGCGCCCGCGCACUCGUAGGACGGAUAACAGCACGAGCUCUCCAGCUCCACCCAACGACCCCCUCCCUUUACAUCAUGGCCGCCUCGCAUGAACUCACGCACCUCUCCCCCUCCGCCGCGCGCACGCUCCUCCAGCGCGGCCUCCGCCUGAACGCCGAUAGCGUCGACAUGUGGCGCGAGUAUGUCCGCAUGGAGCUCGGUUUCAUCGAGACGCUUCGCCGUCGCUGGCAGGUCCUCGGCAUCUCCGUCUCUGGAUCCAGCAAGUCGCUCGAUGACGAGCCUGUGGCUGUAGCUGAAGAUAUCACAUCAGCGGUAGGCAUGGACGGCGGGGGAGGAGCGAUGGUGGUGGAUGAAGAGGGCGAGAUGGAGCCGACAGAAAAGGCGGCAGAGCAGAAGGACGGUGAGGGGGAAGCGGCGCGGAAGGCUAUUAUGGACGGCGCGAUCGUCAAGUCUGCUAUGUCGAGCGCUGCGUCAGCAUUGCCCAAAGUUGAGCUUUUCGAAUCGCUUGAUACGCUUAUUCGAGGGUAUCCCGUAUCCCUUGCUCUGAGAACCUCUUUGUUGGACUAUCUGCACGAUCUCCUACGGGAGGCGCUUCCAAAUGACGCUUCCGCCAUCAAAAUGCACGCAACGCGCAGACUCAACGACCUCGUUUCGCUGGAGGCAAAAGACAUUCUGGAUAGCGAAGACUUCGUCGAUGCGCUUCGGGGCGCGAACGACGAGAUGACGUCCGCCCUCCAUAACACCGCCAGCUCAUCGUUGGCACUCGCAAGAGAAUACACUGUAUUCGUAUUAGAAUGGCACGACAAGCUGGCCACCAACGAAAGCCUGCGCUCCUACCUCGUAGCCACCCUCCAAUCCGCCGCCCGUAGAUCCGCACACCCUUCCCCGCUCCGCACCGCGCAUCUGCAGCUCCUAAGGGCCGCGGGCCCAAGCGCCUCGGAGGAGUACAAGGCGAAGGUCCUCAAGCAGGCGCGUAAAUACACCGCGGUCGGCGGUGCGAGCGAUCCCACGCUCUGGCUCGAGCGGCUCAACACUGAGCGUGCGUUCGCGCCCAGCGCGGACGAGGUCGACAAAGCGUGGGCCGAGGCCCGGCGGUGCGUGCGCUCGGCGGAUCCGAGGGAGGUGGAGAAUGUGUGGGUCUGGGGGUUCUUGUUCUGGCUGGAUCCCGAGGGUGAGGAGAUCAAGAAGACGUUCGAGAACCUUCUGAGAGAAAGCAUGCGUGACGCCUCUCUCCAACACGUCCACGAGACGCUUCUGCUCCGGUACAUCCCCACCGUCCUCUACCGCCGCCCGGGAGCAGGCGGCCCCGCGGACCCAGCACAGCGCAAACGCGCGCUCACGCGCGUCGCCAGCGCGUACCUGCCCUCCUCCAUCGUCUGGGCAGCCGCCUUUGGGUGCGAAGCGCGCCGCGAUGCCAGCAGCACCGAGCCGGGGGCAGGAGCGAGCACGGACGUGCUCAGCGCCGUGUACGGCUGGUGGCGCGGGAAGGAGCCGGUGACCGCGACGCUCGCGUGGGCGAGCUGGCUGCUCGAAGCGCGCCAGGGGCACGAGGCGAGCAAGGUCGUUGAGCGGGCCGGGGCGGACUUGGACGAGGGCGCGAGGCAGGAGCUGAGGCGGAAGUGGAAGGAGAGGUUAGAUAAGGCGGGGACGGAGAGGGAGGCGAUGGACGAGCAUGAGGACGAGGAUUUGUAGGUGUUUGUGUUGCUGUUGUACUAGGAUUGAAGAGAACAGCGGGCUGGGUCGAUCGAAGCGUGCAUGUUUACCGCUCUGCAAAAGUUCGGGCUUCUGACUUUUCUUGAUUGUCAAAAGUACAUGUGCGAAAUGAUGUACUGUACAUAUGUAAGUCCUCCGUUAAAUCCCAGUACUUAUAGAUCCACAAUCUAGCAUACAAUGUGUUCCCUUUUUUCCCUCUCUAAAUCGCCGCCCCCACCACCGAUGCGUCCUCCUGCACACUUUGCCCCUCGACAUCACCACCGACAUCAAGAUCAGCAAACUUGAUCCCACCAGCCGUCGACGCAGACAUGCACGACUGCGGCGACUUCGCGUCGUCCGUGUCGAAGCUGCUCGGCCCGUCCUCCUCGCGCCGCAGGUGGACCUGCAGUGGCGGCAUGCCCGACCGGCUCGACCGGCUGAUGCGCGAUGGGUGGCUGAACCGCGCCGAGAUGGGGGACAACGCGGUGGGCUCUUCUGGCUGUACCUGGCUCCCCCGCGGUGCCCAUGCGCGCACGCAGAGGAUGACGGCGUAGAAUGUGAUGGGUAUGAUUUGUCCGAGCUAUGUCGACGACGACGUACACCGCGUAGUUCUUUACUCUGAACACGGCGAUCAUCACGACCAGCGAGACGGAGUACAGCACGCCGCACUCGACGACGACGUGCAUGAACGGCCGGAGCACGCCGCCGCCGUGGCGGAAGCGGUGCGCGGCGCGGUCCGUCGCCCAGAGCUUGUAGGAGAGCAGACACGUGGGCGUGAGGUUGCUGAAG